UAUUGGGACUUACCAAUAACAAUUUUAAAAUAUUUCACUAUGGUUUCUUCAAGCAACUAUUGGCUUUGGUUUUUGGGUAUUAUGGCUACGGUUGGGCUUCUUACAAACCACCUACAAGAAGCAGGAGCCCAAACCGUGGGUGCUUGUUAUGGAAUGUGGGCCGACAACCUUCCACCACCAAAUGAAGUUGUAGCCCUCUAUCAGUCCAAGGGAAUCAAGAAGAUGCGACUCUAUGACCCCAACACCGCAGCCUUACAAGCCCUUCGAGGCUCUGGCAUCCAAGUUAUGCUCGGCCUCCCAAAUAACAACAUCCGGCAGGCCGCAACCGAUCAGUCCUAUGUUGCCAACUGGAUCAGAACCAAUGUCCAAGCAUACCUGCCUGCGGUCGAUAUCCGCUACAUUGCCGUUGGCAAUGAGCUAAUCCCUGGUGGUGAUGCUGGUAAUGUCCUUCCAGCCAUGCAGAAUGUAUACAAUGCAAUAAGGUCAGCAGGCUUACAAGACAGGAUCAAGGUUUCCACUUCUGUUGCCACCACUGUGAUAGGCACAUCUUUUCCACCAUCCGCAGGCGCGUUCUCUUCCCAAUCUUCAUCAACGAUGACAUCCAUCAUCCGUUUCCUUUCCAGUACCAAUGCACCACUGCUAGUGAAUGUGUAUCCCUAUUUUAGUUACAUAGGUAACAUGAGAGACAUUCGACUCGACUACGCGUUGUUCACUGCUAAUUCUGAUGUGGUAACAGAUGGUCAAUUUAGGUACCGUAGUCUCUUCGAUGCGAUUGUAGAUGGUGUCUAUGCUGCAAUGGAGAAGGUGGGGGGAAGUGGGGUCCCGAUCGUGGUCAGUGAGAGUGGGUGGCCUUCGGCCGGCGGCACCGCAGCCACAACGGGCAAUGCCCAGACCUAUAACUCAAAGUUGGUGCGACAUGUGGGUCAAGGAACACCACGGAGGGCUGGCAGGCCCUUGGAAACCUAUGUGUUUGCUAUGUUCAAUGAGAACAAAAAGCCAGCAGGGAUUGAACAAAACUUCGGACUCUUCUUUCCAAACAAGCAGCCGGUUUAUGAUGUGAGUUUCCCUUAGAAAGUGAAUAUUACAGGCUAAUUAAGCCUUGAUGUAAUGCAAUAAAUAAAAAGUCCACUGUUUAUGGCUAUGAUAUAAAAGGAUGCAUUAGCAAAAUAAAUAACUUAUCUUUUGAUCC